GCACUACAGACCUAAUUCUCCGGUGUCGAACAAGAAUAUUUUGGAGGCGGAUACAGUGCAGUGACUGUGGAGGGAUAGAAUUUGGGAUUCAGCGCGCGGUAUCAUCCCUGGUCAUUCCAGGUCGCCGUCAUGAAGGCUCCUCUGUCCGCCGGCCAGUUGGCCAUCGCCCUGUUGUCCCUCUCCCAUGCAACUUCUGCGUUGUCAUGGCCUAGAUGGCUUCCGGAACUUGAUGCACUAGUUGUCCGGCAGGACGAUUCAGACGCUCCUACUGCGACCCCAACAUCGACACCCUCCAAGUCCGACGACAACAAUAACGACAAUAAGAGCAGUGACUCCCAAGAAACCGCUUCGAGCAGCCGUGCGUCGGUCAUCACAACAAACCUCAAUACCGGCGGCAUGACCAUAACGUCAACCGGAACGGGCAGGGGGACGGGCAACAGCACCCGCACGCGCGCGCCCAAGAAGACCACGUUCAACGAGCAAGACCCGCCGGGCGGCGUGGUGAUGAUAACCCCGGCAGUCACAGCGGGCUACCAGCUCUACAAGAUCGGCGACUACGUGACCUGGGGGUGGAACUACACCAACCUGCAGGCCAACCCGACGGCGAUCGACAUCUACGUCAAGUACAGCUCGGUGGCACAGCCAUGGACGCUCACGCAGAACAUGUCGUUCGCGUCGCCGGGGAGCUACACGUGGGACACGGGCGCUUACCAGAGCAGCCACGUGGCGAACCCGCUGCUGACGGAGGAGUACACGCUGGUGAUAGCCGACGCCGACGGCGGCAUCAGCGCCACGGCCGAGCCGGGCUAUCUCGCGCCUUUCUCGGGCUUCAUCUUUGGCCUGUACGAGCCGCAAGAAUAUCAUAACAACACUGAUGGCUACCAGUGCGCCUCGUGCAGUGGUGCCAUGUCUGGGCUCGAUACCCGCGCUGUUGGAGCGGCGGUGGUGAUGAGCGCCCUUACAGUGCUGAGCUUUACUUGGUUUGUCAUGGGCUUUGGAGCAUUCCUGUGAUCUGAGGUGUGAUAGAGAAGGUGAUAUGAAAUAUGCCUUCUAAUGUGCUUCUAAGGUUUUGGAUAAGUCGGCCUGGUCUUUACACUAAUCUGGUGCGCAAAGCUCGGGAGUGGCGUUGGAUCAAGAUAUUGUGAGCAUUUAGUUGGGUCGUUUUCAUGUCUGCGGUUCAACAGAACCUGAA